GCGAACAGUUGUCUGUUGCACGACGGUACUGUUUUGAUCAUUAGAAUUCGUCUCAUUUUCUCUUGAUCUAAAGCUGUAAUCCUUUCAUUAUAUACAUUUCCUUCUUAUUAUCAUCUGCAAGCAUUCCUCGCUGAAGUAUGGGCGAGGAAGGCGGUGGAGGUUCCGAUGAUUUCGAUCCACAUGGAGAUCCCAACACAGACCCUAAGGAAAGAAGAAGAAUUCGACAUGAAUAUCGUGAACUGAUCGCCGAAACGCAAAGUAAGGACCAAAAAAAUGCACAUUGACUUCAUGUUGCUGUGCUUUCAGUUUUCCUUUUAGCAUAUUGUCAGCUACGAUCUAAAAACCUAACGAACCACGCGACAAUCGAAGUGCCUCGCCAGAGGUGUCAAGUUGCAGAAGCACAUGAAGCUUUCGUGCAUAGUUGAUGUACUGAAGUUUUAGUUAUAUGACUCCUUUUAAUUUGUGCUGUUUGGCGAUUGUUUUCGUAGAAAACCGACAUGAUCUUAUCAAACCUGACUCAGCAGGAUUACACAGAGCUUUGGACAAAGCUGACAACUUGUUUAAAAGUGGUGAGUACCGGUGGCCGAUUCUAUUUUAAUCGAAACAUGUGCCACUGUUCUUGCUAUCAGGAUUUCUUAGCUGAUGAUUAAUUGUUCGAAACUUGGAGAAAUGGAAAAGGGCAGUGUAAAAUGCAGACUGCGGACUGUCUGCGGACUAUUGUUUUUAGGGUUAGAAAACAAUGGGACUAUUGUUGUGACUUACUCAUUUACAUGGUGAAGACAACAGUCCGCAGUUUAGGAAUGAUGAUGAUGACAUGCAUGGUGAUGAUUAACUAUAAGAUACUGGUACCAUACCAUGGCAGAGUGCAUUAUCCUGCAGCCAGCCACUCAAACCACACCAGACAUAAACCCACAGUAAUGUAUUGGUGUAAUUCAGAUGACAAAGUAACACUAUUAGUGUGUGUCAAGCAUGAACUGAGGUCUCUUGACACUCCAUACAAUACAAUACAAUACAAUGCAAUACAAUACUUUAUUCAAGAGAUAGAAAACAAAACAAAAUAUCUUUUGAAAGGGGAGAUCUAGAUGUUAUCCCUAUAUAAUGCAUCAGUCAAUUCCAGCUGACACCAGGGCAUUUGCAUUUUUUUGCCUUGGAUGGCAAAUUCCCGGCGGUGGGGACUCUUGGGCGGAGUUGGAAUUUACUGAUGCAUAAAUAUCCCUGUAUAAAAGAUUCCCCAAGAUAAAAAAACUAAAAUCUAAAAACUAGAAGCUAAAACAUUAUUCACAGAGUUAAAAAAUGUAAAAACUAGAAUUAUCUAAAAUGAUGGAAAAUAUUUACAAUAAUAUUCAAUAUAAAUCGACAUUUUUUAAAGCUGGUAUUAAAAGACAAACAAAUCCUUUUGCAUUUGAAACAAAUCAUAUGGCUUCAUCUGGCAUCAAUCGUCUUGAACUGAAUGUUGAUGCUUGGUAACCAGGCAAAUUUUUGAGCACAUGCUUGACCCAAGAUGGCGGUUGGUUUGCUGUCAUUUCUACACUGCGAUCUUGCAUUUGUUUCAGACCUUUAUAUCCUGGAGAAAGCUCCCAGAUCUGUUAACAGAACUAUGAGGAUUUUUUUAUACAAAAGGGCUUAAUUUUGCCAGAUUGUUAAUGAACGAAAUAUCCAGGCUCAUGUGUUGCAUGAUGUAUCUUGAUACUACCGAUACAUUGCAUGUCCUGGUGUCAAUACUGAUGCCGAAACCAAGACAGCUGACUUGUUUAUGGAACAAAAAGGGAUUCCCUAAGUAUUCGCAGCUUUAUAAAACUGCUUUUUGUGUUGAUAGAUGUGAUUUUUUCGCUGUUGAUAGAAAUAUGUAACCUUUUUCGAUUUUGUUCAUGUUGUGGGUAAAUGGCUGUAAUCUGCAUCGUUGGAAAGUGUGUUGUAGAGGUUAAGGUGAACCUCUUCUCAAGAAUCAUGGCUGCACCUUAUAGCCGGGUAUUUUCGCUUAAUUUGUAACUGAGUGCACCUCAAAACCCAAAAAUACAGUACUUUACCAUACCCAAAAACAAAAGAAAAAUGAAAAUUACCUGAGAUAAAAAUUUAACUGCAGCACAUACUUCCUCAAUCUGUCUACUAACAGUCCCCCAAUGCUUGUGCUGUCAUAGCCAUAAAAAAAAAAAUCCGUAUUCAAUUUCAGGCAGAGUUAGAUCAUUAUCCUUUGGUGCUGGACAUGUUUAAUAUAUAGCUUAUAUUAUUUUAUGUUGUAGUUAAUUUUUAUUUUUCCAUUGUUUUUGGGUAUGGUUAUAUAUGCUAAUUAAUGAAUAUGAAACAAAGGAAAAAUAAAGAUUUCCUGAAAUAAAAAAAUUAACUGCAAUAUUUAUAAGGGAGUGACUUCUACCUGGUCCCAUCACUUCCCCCUAAAGUUUGAAAGUGAGGCGUGAAGUUAAAUAGGUAUUUCUAGGGGAAUUGUAAUAGAAAAAGAGGAGGUUAAACAAGAGACUGCGCAUAGGUAAAAUUCAGAUGUAAUACUUUGUUUCUCCACAGUCAGACUAACUAGAGAAGCUGUCCUUGAUUCUCAUUUCUUGGUUCUUGCGUCAAAUCUUGGUAGUCAGCAAGCGCAACAGUUACAGACUCACUUAGUUACAUUUGAUCGUGACACCUUUGUCCAAAAAUUGGUAAGUAUGAGAACUUGAAUCCCUCCUAACUCAAAACAGUUUUUCUCCCUCCUUCACUCUAGAACUACUUUUCUUUGUUUUGCCACUUUAUAUCACAGCUGUGCCUCUGGACCUUUCUAUCCAGAGUUCUGUUAGCCUGCUAUGAGCUCCUUUAAUGCUUGUCCAAUUAUAUCGAUUAAUGCAUAAAAGACAGUUUACUCAGGCAUUCUUUUUAGCAUCAUUGAAAGCGAGCUUAAGCUUUUUCAAUCUUGUAACAGAUCACUUUCAUGGGAGGCAGAAAUAUAAAUGAUUUAAGCAGAGAGCAUGAUGAAGAUGAUGGAGAGGUGCCCACAAGAAGACAGCGGAGGCCAGGUCGCCUUGAUUGGAAGAAGCUUGGACAGAAAGCUUGUGUGGCAUUCCGGAGAACACCUUGCAUUGACUUUAUGUAAGAUGACGGGAUAGCAUCUUUUUUGCUAUUGAAACCCUUCUGAAAAGGUUUUAACAGUUAGUGUUUGUCAUACAGACAGAAUUCUGUACUAUUGUUGUCCAUUUGUGCUUCAUCACCUUUGUGUUUGACUCAUUGUUAAUUUCAGAAUAAAUUAUCAGUGUUGUCCCAUUUUUUUCCUGGUUAUGUAAAGAAACAAAUGAAGAAAAAAAAUAAUCAUAUUAUUUUUGCAAGAUUUAGCUGUGGAUAAGAGAUGUAUUGAGAUGGAAAUAAUGCAACCUUUGUACAUGGAAAUGACUGUCAAAUUCUAGAGGAAAUUAAUACAAUGGCCCAGGGUUGUCACUAAGUAUUUAAAUUGCCAGGUAAAUACAACAUGUCGGCAGGGAAUCAAACAGCUAGGGCUUUCUUUUGGUUCUACAGUGUAAUUUUCUUCCAUUUUCAUUUGAAAGACGCUGAGGGCUAAGUUCAUAGUAGCCGGGGGACCCCCCUCCCCCGCCCCCCGCCUCUUAAUGACAGCCCUGAUGGCUUAUUUGUUUGAAGAUAUACUAUUUGGGUUUUAAUUAGGUUUGGUCCUUUGUCUAUGGAACCGCCACCAAACCGAUCACGGCAAGCUCAAAAGAAAAGUCCUAAAAACAAGCCUGAUGCAAGCCAAAAAGUCACACCAAGUCAGGUAAAAAGGAACUAA